AACGGGUGAACCAUUGACGGUACCACCGUUCACCUUACAAGAUUGCCUUCUCUCUUUUCUCUCUCUCUCUCUCUCUCUCUCUCUCGACACAUUUUGAAGAAACUACAAAACUAUUCGGCAAUGGCAGUUUCUUCCCCUUCGUUCCGUCUAUUUGCCCCAAGAAUACAACAAUUCCUAAAGUCCCAAAUCCCAACCUCCAAAUCCCUAACUACUUCAGUGACUAUUCCAUCCAGACUGUUCUUUUUCUCCUCAAUUUCAAUCGAACGAUUACCCACUAGGCUCCCCUCUUCUUCUUCAUCAUCUUCUGUUACGUCUGCUUCUCUUCAACCCGUCGAAGAGCUCCCACCAAAACUCCAAGAAAUUGUGAAGCUCUUCCAAUCCGUUAAGGAACCCAAAGCCAAAUACGAACAGCUCUUGUUCUAUGGUCGAAAUCUCUCCCCUCUCGAUCCCAAGUUUAAGACAUCUGAGAACAAGGUCCAGGGAUGUGUCUCUCAGGUCUGGGUUAGAGCUUACCUCGACCCAGAUAGGAUCGUUUAUUUUGAGGCCGAUUCUGACUCGGUUCUUACUAAGGGACUCGCUGCCCUUCUUGUUCAAGGGCUUUCUGGCAGACCCGUUUCGGAGAUUCUGAAAGUUUCGCCUGAUUUCGUGAAGUUGCUUGGGCUUCGGCAGAGUUUGACCCCGUCGAGGAAUAAUGGUUUCGUGAACAUGUUGAAUUUGAUGCAGAAGAAGGCCCUCCAAGUAUUCAUGGAGGCCGAAGAAGGUGCCAGUAGGAGAGAUCAAUCCGGAAGUCUGAAUUCUGAUUCAAAAUUGGAUGGGAAUUUGAAUUCUGAUUUGGGUUUUGAGAAACAGAAAUCUGAUCCGAGUUCAAUUGCUGAGAUCGAAUCUACUUCGAUUUCAAGUUCUUCGAGUACGAUUUUGGGUAGUAGAGGAGAAAGGAUUAAGCAGAGACUGGGAGAAGUGCUUAAUCCUGUUGAACUGGAAAUCCAAGAUAUCUCCUAUCAACAUGCUGGGCAUGCGGGUGUUAGAGGAAGCGCGGGUGAGACGCAUUUUAAUUUAAAAGUUGUUUCAAAGGAGUUUGAAGGCAAGAGUAUGGUGAAGCGACAUAGACUCAUUUAUAAUUUGUUGCAAGAGGAGUUGCAAAAUGGAUUACACGCCCUCUCAAUCGUGGCAAAGACGCCUUCCGAAAAUUGACAGGAGAUGAAAGUGGAUGAUGAUGUAAGAGGUAACUAUCAGUUGGAUUCAUGGUUGUGAUAGGCAUGAUCAUCCUCGUCUUCGAUGGUCGUGGUGGUGCCGUUCUUCUCCAGCAUCGAAGCUGGCUGCCCCCAUCGACUCGUGGGAUACAAAGGGCACAUGGAUGUGACAUGGGAGAAAGUCAAGAUCAUUCCCAGGGAUCUCUAAUCAAGCUAAGUCUUAUAGAGUAAAGAGAUUUCUUUACUCCCUUUUCCUCUCCCCUCUGUCGACUUCGGGUUUUUCAACUUUUAGAGGUUUUGGGUGUUUCUUGUUCUGUAUCUAAGAAAUACAAUACUGAGGAACUAGUUUGGAAAUAAAUUGGAAAGAAUGAUGAGAUUAGUAACUCCA